AUGGCUGCCUACGCGCAGCAGAUUCUCGUUUGCACAGGACAGCCAGACUGGACGAGUCGCAUUGAGGAUGAUGGCGAGAAUAAAGGCUGGGGCAACCUUGUGAGGGGACUGAAGAGCCUGCUAGGUCGUGGCGGGCCGUAUCUUGAUCCUUUCAACAAUGUCUUGGUCACGAAUUCAUCUAUUGCGCCAGCUGCAACUUCUUCUCCCGCCUCCGCGUCGGCAUUCCUCUUCCCGAGCUUUAAAUACAUUCCCUCAAUACCCGUGAAAAAAGCCUCAUCGCUCGCCCAAACAGCCGAUCUAACGACUUUCGUACGCGCAUAUCUUCUCCCCGAACAACUCCACGACAUGCAUACCUCUCUCCCCGCAAGCAAGCAAGCAGAAAUGACCCGAUCCCCAGACCUAGCAUCAAACUUCCCAGGAGUAGUCGAUAUCAAACACUCCCCGACAGUAUUAAUAUGCGGACAUGGAGGCCGCGAUAUGCGCUGUGGUGUCAUGGCCCCCGCCUUGGAAAGCGAGUUCAAGCGCGUGCUGCAAGCGCGAGGAUUUACCUCCGCGGGCAGUGAAGGGACCACAGUGGAUGGCCAGAACCACGCUAAUAUUGGUCUUAUCAGUCAUGUUGGAGGACACAAAUAUGCUGGCAAUGUGAUUGUUUAUAUCCCGCCGAAGACGACACUGGGAACCUCUUCAGAGCCUCACCCGCUGGCGGGUAAGGGAAUUUGGUACGGCCGUAUCGAGCCCAAGCAUGUGGAGGGCCUUGUUGAAGAGACUAUUCUAGGCGGGAAAGUGCUUGCGGAUCAUUUCCGCGGUGGCAUUGAUAGGAAUGGUGAUAUUUUGAGGAUGUAG